UUUCUCGUUCCUCAUGUAUCAUCAUCCCAUGGACUGACUUGUUUGUUGUCGAGCAAGAUGGAGUUCCUAUUGGGAAAUCCUUACAGUACCCCUGUGGGGCAUUGCAUUGAGAGAGCUACUGAUGGCUCUCUGCAAAAUGAAGACUGGACCCUUAAUAUGGAAAUAUGUGACCUCAUCAAUGAAACAGAGGAUGGGCCAAAAGAUGCCAUUAGAGCAGUGAAGAAGAGGUUGAAUGGCAACAGGAACUAUCGGGAAGUGAUGUUGACUUUAACGGUCCUGGAAACGGGUGUGAAGAACUGCGGCCAUCGUUUUCAUGCAUUGAUCACUAGCAGGGACUUUGUGGAUGGCGUUCUAGUUAAAAUAAUCUCUCCUAAAAACAACCCACCUACAAUCGUACAAGACAAAGUACUCGCGCUGAUUCAGGCAUGGGCCGAUGCGUUCAGGAGCAGUCCAGACCUCACAGGCGUGGUCCAGGUCUAUGAGGAGCUAAAGAGGAAAGGCAUUGAGUUCCCGCUGUCAGAGCUGGAGACCCUGUCCCCGAUACACACACCUCAGAGGUUGGUAUCUGCUCCAGAGGGAGACUCCACCCUCCAUAAGUUCAGCUCCCCUCCUCAGCCCCCCCCACAGGUCGUCCCUCCGGCCUACAUCGCCCCUCAGGUCCCAGUCCUUCAAGCCGCUGGAUCCAUCAAUCCCACACCUGAACAGAUCUGCCGGCUGCGCAGUGAGCUGGACGUUGUGCGUGGAAACACUAAAGUGAUGUCGGAGAUGUUGACAGAGAUGGUCCCGGGCCAGGAGGACGCUUCAGACUACGAGUUAUUACAGGAGCUGAACAGGACCUGUAGAUCCAUGCAGCAGAGGAUAAUGGAGCUCAUCUCUUGUGUUUCCAAUGAGUCAGUGACUGAAGAGCUGCUGCAUGUCAACGAUGACCUCAACAACAUUUUCCUACGCUACGAAAGGUAUGAGAGGUUUAGAUGUGGAAGGUCCUCGGCUCAGAGCGCCAACAACGGGGUCCUGAGCGAGGCGACGGAGGACAACCUGAUCGACCUCGGCCCCGGCUCCCCGGCGGUGGUCAGCAACAUACCCAACGUGCCCAACGCCCCCCCCACCAGCCUGCCCCCCUCCAUCACCGCCCCCCCAGGGAGACCCUCCUCUCCGGCCACCCUGGCCUCCCGCCUGGCCGGCCUCGACAUGGGAGCUGACAGUGUGAGCAGCACCCUGAGCUCUCUGUCCAGCUGUCAGCCGCCGGGUCAGGACGACUUCGACGUGUUCGCUCAGACCAGAACCGGAGCCAAGCCCGAACCACGCAUCACGUAAGGACUUCAGAAAUUCAUCACAGCAUCAUCUCUGAAGACCCCCCCCCCAACUCUGGACGUGCAGCAGCCGACUGCAGGAGUGGGUGUCGGAGGCCAGUCCUCUGUCAUGGAUGACAUAGAGGAGUGGCUGUGUACUGAUGUGAAAGGAGAUGAAGGGGAAGAAGGCGUGACCAGCGAAGAGUUCGAUAAGUUCCUGGAGGAGCGAGCCAAAGCCUCGGAGAUGAUCCCCGGCCUCCCCUCGCCCCCCCGCGGCGAGCCGGGCGCAGCGCAGGGGACCCCGAGCCGCAAGAAACCAGACCGACCGGAGGACGCUCUGUUCGCCAUGUAGACCUCUGACCCCCAGCCUAAAACCAGCCGAACAGCACCACCAAGGACAGACUGACCCGACUAAACACACCCACCUCCGCUCUGGUUAUCACUCCUUAAAGAAAAGGGAAUCGUUCAUGCUGUUCAUUUCCAAAACCAAACAAAGGCCUAUUUUCCUACGCCACCAGAGGAUGGAGACUGUGAGGCAGCGCGCUUUAAUUCUCCUUCUUCUCUGUGUGUGAAGGAUAUCCCUCCGCCUGCUGUGGACUGCAGAGCUUCAUGUCGCAGCUAACAUUUUAUAAAAUCUGCUUUCCUUGUCACUCCAAGUAGGAUGUCUUGCCCUCAAAGCAUGCAUUUAACCCCCCCCCAAAUCAUUUAUAAUUAUAGAACCCCCCCCAGAUAGGUCGUUAUUGCCCACUGAGAGACAUGAUAUUGUUUUGGUGUUUGUAUCGGUCCCUUUGCAAGUCAGUCCGAGUUGUAAAUCUGUAAAUGACAAAUGUCACGUUUAUUAGUCGUGUGUAUAUUUAAGCUACAGAUGUUUAAAAAGAGAUGUUGAUUUAAUGUUGUUUUUGAAAGAGGGGUUUAUCUUCCAGCUGCUCUGACAUGAGGGAUGUGCCUCGCGGGGUUUUUCAAAAGGGAAGAAUAUACAUUUGAUAAUCUACUAAAUUAAUUUAAGAAGAAGGGAAUGCCGUUUCUUCCUGAUGGGCAUGAUUGCGCACCAAACCGACAAAUGUGUCCUUUUACCCUCCUCUAAAAUCACAUGUUGUUGAGGUAUUGACAUUAUUUUGGAGAGAUUUUAUUCACCUUAAGCUGCCGUCUUAAUUUUUGCAGGGAGAUAAUUCAAUCUGCUGAAAGAAAUGCCGUUUAAAUAUUUCAGUUUUAUCAUUUUCUUUGCUGAGAAGUUGUCAUGAGUUAAAGACACAUGCUGUCAUUUACUGUGGAUUCAUUAGAUGUAUGAUUUAUGGUUUAAAAUUCAGUUUAGAGGAUCAAAAAAUGUGCUUUUUAUUUUUGAAUCAAGCUGGAAAACACUUUGAUAAUUAGGUUUAACUUUACAUAACUGGUCCUCUCUUGGUCUGAGUUUAACACGCUGUAUGAGAGUUCAGUAUCACACUGCAAAAGCUGACACCUUCAAAGGACCUGACCUUUCCCCAUGACAUUUGUUUUCAGAAAUGAGCCGGGCUGCGGAGCUACAAAUGAGAUAUUUAACAACGAUAAAUACAAUGUUACACAAUCACGACAAGCUUAGAAACAAGCGUGUUACCUUUCAACCUGUACUGUAAAUCAACAGAUGUAAUUAAUAAUAAUGAGUUGGGAAAUACUUUUGAGCAGAAGUGUAGAACUAAUUUAUUCAGCUCUUGUUUUUGUUGUCUUCGGAUCAUUUUAUUGUGCAAAAGAAAAAGGGAGAGAAUGAGGGAUUGUCAUAACGGCAUGUGUUUUAGUGUUUAUGUUAAUAGAGUUUAAUUGAAAAUCAUUUUUUAUAUAUACAUUGCUGCUGGCUAAUGGUUCUUGAUUAUGUGAGUAUUCUGUUAAAAAGGGCGGUGCGACACGGAGUCAAUCACACUAAUUAUCACAUGAAGAAUACAUAUUUUUGGUGAUUUCACUCACAGCGUUACCUAUCCUGUAACAAAGCAUCAACAUUGCACAUUUCUGAAAGGGACGCCUCAGUUCUCCCCGUUUGUUUUAGUGUUCAGUGUGUGCGUGUGAUCUGUAACGCAGAAACAUUUUAUCUCAAAAAAAGACAAGAAGGAAGCCUCCAAAUGUGUGUUUUAAAAAAAAAGAAAUACAUGUUGUUUCUCUCCUGUUUGACCUGGUUUCUAUCCGUGUGAGCUCGUCAGUGAUUUGUAACUGAAUCUCAGCAUCAGAACAAACCGUGUCUUUGUCCGUCGUGGACCUUACGAACAGAGAUGCUGAUACAAGAGGCCGUGCUGUGCGACUGCUGCUUUCUGCCUCAUUUCUCCUUGUGUUGUUUGACUCCUGCAUGAACUCUAAUAAAACAUUAGCAUUGUGUC